GAUUGGAUUCUUUAAACAUAGUGCAGUACUUCUUGAUGUUCAAAGGAUUUCCUGAUAAACCCUCUAAAUUAACAAAGAAAUUGGAGUCCUGAUAGAACCAAUAAUGCAUAAUCUCUUACAUAAUACAAGUCAUAUUCCUUCGACAGGAGGACUUAUACUCUGGCAUCAUCAUCAUCCUGUCGAACAACGUAGCUCUUCUACCACCGUAGUGUAUUGUAUUGGGGCCCUUUUUCGAUUUGGCAAUACAGAUAUUACAGUGUACUCGUGGUCGACGGUCAACACGACCAUAUGGCCCACACUGUGUAAAAAAACUGGAGCAAACGCCAGCCGAUGUCCCCGGGAGGUUAUUAUCCUACACAGCUGGAGCCAAUGAAGCGUUGCCCAGGCCGUGAGAAGAACUGACAUGAUGGCAACUGACACACUUGAGCCUUGCAUAUUAAAAGUCUGCUAAUCUCAGUAACAAUCAAAAGAGCACGGAUUUCAUGGUGAGAGCAUGAUUUCAAGGAACAUGUGGAUUCCCAAUGUUCCCCUAGAUUUUGCUGUACGGGUUAGUAUUCGUUGGGUCCUGUGUAGCUGGAUCCUAUCUUCGGAGCUUUUGGAGAAUCAUAUAGGCUGGAACUAAAAGUCAUGAGCUCGUCCGCAAGCACCAUGCUUCCCGUAUUUUGGGAUCCUAAGCCUUGGACUAUGAACACGACAAUGUAUCAGCAUAUUGCAACACCACUGGCAUGAGGUUGUCGAUGAACGUAGAAUUGAAUUGAAAAUUUCUUCGAUUGCACAUCCACAUGCAUGUCCUGGCGUUUGGACGUCACUGCGUCUACCACCUGGCUGGUACAAUGCAGUACCAAUCAUGUGGCAGCACACAGCUUUGGAAUCAGGAGUCAGCAAUGGUGCAGAAACUUCCUGUGGUCGUCUUUCUGCAAGCAGCUAGUCCUGAAGAGCAAUCGAAGCAGAUUGGGAGCGUCCCUGUUCGUCCUCUGCUCUGUACUUUCCGCAGUGGCUGGAGAGAUGAUGACAAAGAACAUAGCACAAGAUUCUGUGUGUUUAUAAAUUUAAGACCCGCCAAUGAAGCCAAAGAUGUUGCGGUACGGCAAUCUGGUCAGUGAAGCUGGGCCGAGGCCUCUGGACAUACACACGUACGCCCUCUUCCGAAUGCACCUCGUACAAAUUCGGGCUUCCCGACUAAUCAGGCUGAUACUCCUUUUCAAUACAGAUCGAAUGAAGACUCGUGCGUGAUCGAUCGCCACUUCUCAGACCAGCCGUCUGCACAUUUUCAUUCCAGCGUUUGUGGCGAGUCGAUGAAUCUUUCCAUUCCCGGAAUGGUUACAUCUCCUAAGAGAUAUGCCGAAUCGAUUCCUGUCCGCUAGAGUAGGAUCAUCAAGCUAUUGAGUCUGGACACGCGGACUUCAUCGCAGGGGACGUGUGAGACGCGACGAUUAGACCUGCCUUGAAACCCCAGUAGGGCUGGUCGGACGCGGCGCCAAUGUCCCCGAUCCAUCAACACUGCAAUAGCUCUCAUGAUUCUCCACGCCAGGGCUUCCCAAUUUCAGUCUCACCUUUAGAAUAUCUGGACGGAAUUCUGAAGAUUGUGACUGUCUGUGUGCGAAGCUUAUUCGUCGGGAAUUUAGCAUUUAGCAGCUAAAUUCCGGACUCGGAAUAGCUUCUAAUCAUAACAACAGGCCGUUCCCAUGGCGUAGGUAGGCCACUCAUACUCCAUGGGAGCUCACCAUCGGAAAGAGUGGUCAGCCAUGGAGAGUGGGUCCGAUCGCUAAUCAUUUAGAUUUGAUAUUUGCUUGCAGCUCAGGAUGGAAAACCACUCAUUGACUAGCAUACAUGGUAGGCUCCACAAAAUUGAGUCCAACACUCAAUCUGGGAACCUCCUUCACGCAUGCUUGAAGACUCCGAAACCCGGCGUCUUUCGGACAUUGUAAUCAGUAAAUUUAUUCUGCGCCAUGUCGAUGAAACGAAGGAUCCGGGAGGUGCAACGAGCGAUGAGCUUGCUCAUGCGGGAUCCAUUGCCCGCAUAUAAUUAGCCGCCCACCGCAGGAGAGGAAUCCUCCGAAAAGCAGUCCACGAGUGACGGAAGGAAGAAUCAAACGCUGAAAGAGAGGAGAGCUUGCGUUUAAGAGCGUGUCAGUGUCAGUGUAUGUGUCGGUGGCAAGACCUCGUGACAAAUGAGGACUUCAUCGAUCGGUGGGACACGUGCUCGGUCGAUGACGACAGUCCAUCGAGACCCGGCUUGCAGCACGGGUCAGCUUAGCUCAGCGAGAGAGCGAGAGAGAGACAGAGACAGAGCUGGGAGAUGAGCUCCAGACAUCGAUAGCAGCCGCUGCGUUCGGAUAAAGCUCUCACGGUUCGUCGCGUACAUGAGCAGGAAUGAGCCUGAGCCUCACUCAGCCAGAGCUCGAGGGCAUCGGCACCUCGAAUGCUCGAUACUCCGCUUCAGCCGCUGAUAAUACCUCGGGCCUCAACUUUC